ACAGGUGCUAACCGGAAGCAGUGUCAGUGAUCACUUGUAGCUGAACGCCGGGGUUCUGCGGAGCUCCGUAUCCGCUCAUCGACUCAGCAGAGGUAGGACGGGAUCACUGGGGAUACUUGACAACUUUCAGAGUCUGCUAUGACAUCUCGCAGGUGGUUCCACCCCAACAUCACUGGAAUCGAGGCAGAGCAGGUCUUGUUGACCCGGGGCGUCCACGGCAGUUUCCUGGCCCGGCCCAGCAAGAGCAAUCCUGGGGAUUUUACCCUGUCUGUCAGGCGUAACAAUGAGGUGACCCACAUUAAAAUCCAGAACUCGGGGGACUACUAUGACCUGUACGGCGGCGAGAAGUUUGCCACGCUAGCCGAGCUGGUGCAGUAUUACACUGAACAGCAGGACCUGCUGCGCGAGAGGAACGGCCACGUCAUCGAGCUGAAGUAUCCACUCAACUGCAAGGAUCCCACCUCUGAGAGGUGGUACCAUGGUCACCUCACUGGGAGAGAUGCAGAGAAACUCCUCACAGAAAAAGGCAAAGCCGGCAGCUUUCUGGUCCGGGAGAGUCAGAGUAAACCCGGAGACUUUGUCCUGUCGGUUCUCACCAACGAGGAGAAACACGACAACAUCGACCGCAAAACCAAAGUCACACACGUUAUGAUUCGCUUCCAGGAAGGCAAGUAUGAUGUGGGAGGUGGUGAACGGUUUGACACGUUGGCCGAUCUGGUGGAUCAUUACAAGAAGAACCCCAUGGUGGAAAAAAGCGGCAUUGUAGUGCAUCUCAAACAGCCUUUUAACGCCACGAGGAUAAAUGCUGCCAACAUCGAGAACCGGGUACGAGAACUCAACAAAGUAGCAGACAACUCAGAGAAGCCAAAACAAGGAUUCUGGGAGGAGUUUGAGGUACUUCAGCAGCAAGAGUGCAAACUGCUGUAUCCCCGGAAAGAGGGCCAGAAGCCAGAAAACAAGAGUAAAAACAGAUACAAGAACAUCCUCCCCUUCGACACAACGCGAGUUGUGAUUAAAGAUUCUGAAUCAGACUCUCCAGGUUCGGAUUACAUCAACGCUAACUAUAUCAGAAACGUGAGUGAAGACGGGCGGCAUGUGGAGGAGAGUAAAGUCUUCAUUGCCACCCAGGGCUGCCUGCAGAACACGGUGAACGACUUCUGGAAGAUGGUGUAUCAGGAGAAUGCUCACGUCAUCGUCAUGACGACCAAGGAGAUGGAGCGGGGAAGGAACAAAUGCGUCCGGUACUGGCCGGACCUCAAUGGCACUAAAGAGUUUGGGAAAGUCCUGGUGAGGAAUGUGGAAGAGCAGCCGGCGCAGGACUACAUCCUGAGGAAGCUGGAGGUGACGCGCCUGGACAGGAAGGAGCCUCUGCGGUACAUCUGGCACUACCAGUACCUGAGCUGGCCGGACCACGGCGUCCCCAACGAGCCCGGCGGCGUCCUCUGGUUCCUGGAGGAAGUCAACUGCACACAGAGCACCAUUAAGGAUACUGGACCCAUUGUCGUCCACUGCAGCGCGGGCAUCGGCAGAACCGGCACCAUCAUCGUCAUCGACAUCCUCAUCGACAUCAUCAACCGCCAAGGGCUGGACUGCGACAUCGACAUCCCAAAGACCAUCCAGAUGGUCCGGCAGCAGCGGUCCGGCAUGGUCCAGACUGAGGCGCAAUACAAGUUCAUCUACAUGGCGGUGCAGCAGUACAUAGACACGGUCCAGAAGAGGCUGGAGGAGGAGCAGAGGAAUAAAAUGAAGGAGAGAGAAUAUUCAAACAUCAAGUAUCCACAGAUGACCAACUCCAGGUCUAAGCACAACAUGGCGUGCUCCAGGUCUUCUUCAGUAAUGACAAAUGAUGAUUCUUCAAGCGUGUACGAGAAUAUAAACUUCAGAACCCCCCAGGCAUCGUUCAGUAGUAACACCAGGAGAUAAAAUGGCUGCUGCAGAGCUGCUUCUCUCUUAUCUGCCUCCUGCUUCAGCAGCGCUGUUGCUGGCCAGAGUCUGUAAAAAUCCUUUUUGGGGCUGACAGGAAGUGAUGCGUUAACGGGCCCCAGCCUCGUCCUGAAGGCAGCGAGCUGACUCCUCUCCUGCUGCCAUGCUGCUGACCUCUGACCCUGUGACCAGAGGACCCUCCACUCUGUCCCGUCAGAACCAGCUCCAGUGCCUUGUGACAGGAAGUGUCUGUAACCCUUAGCCCCUCCCCCACCCGUUUCUCCUCUUUUUUUCUUCCACAGACCUCCAAAUCAAAGCUAACCCGGUAAACUGCACUUGCUGGAUGCGACAUCAGGCGGCAGGUCUGACCCGAAGCGGGUUUGUGGGAUCCGAGCCGAGGUCAGAGCCCAGCUGCUCUUCCAGCCAUUUGAACUUUCAACUUUGCAUUGUUUUCGCGGGGCGAGCUGCGGGGUUUAUUAACGCGGCUCCUGAAUGAUGGAAGGGUCCCAAGGCUCAGGAAGGGCACCAAGCCCCACCCUUCAGAUAUAUGUAGACUGUGGUGUGUGUGUGUGUGAAGUGUGUGUGAGGAGGACGAUGUGCUGCGAUCUGCUGCUGGACGCGCUGGUUCUGUUCCUGAGCACAGAGAGAGACGACUUCAGGAACAUCUCUGUCUCGUCUUCAGGUUUUCCUCUAACACACAAAUUAUCGGCGUGUUUGUUGUUCCCUUCAACGCAUUACCGUUUCAUUGUGUGUGACGAUGGUUUAAAGGUCAUGUAUAAACUUUAUUUUAGGGUCUUUCUAAAGCGGAACUUCAGUUCACGUUUCCUGACAUGAAUAGUGAAUGGUGAAUGAACCGUCCUCUAAUAGCUCAGCGUCUGUCAGGAUGGGAUUGGCAAAAGGAGAUGAGGAAACGGGCCGAUUGCAGCGGCCCAGAUGGCCAUCUGCCUGAGAUUAAAGAAUAGAUUUGUCUCUGAAAAGUAAUUUAGAAGACGAAUGUAAUCCAGGUCUGAUGCCAGCCGGCCGAGUAAAGCGACGUCAUUUAUGGGAUAAGUAGAGUGGUGCUGUAGAGCAACGAGCCCUCUGCACUUUCCCGCAGAUUGUUGGAUAUUUUUAGCCUCCUGAAUCCAAAAUAACCCGGUCCGGUUCAAGGCGAGAGUAAAGUCCUCCUUCAACCUUCACAUUUUCUCAUGUUUCAAGCAAAAACAUCACAGAGUUUUAUUUGGACUUUCUUUGAUAGAUGGACACAAAGAGCUGCCUGAAGGAAAAUCAUGGUUUAAAAGUGUUUAAAAGAGGAAAUAUCUGAAAAGUUUGGUGUGCAGUUGUAUGAACCCACUUUACCCUGACACCCCUAAAUAAUCUCCAGUUGCUCUCAGAAGUUGGGUCUACUGGUGAUGACUGCAUCAUUUCUCUCUUUAUUGCUCAUUUGCAUAAGUGAAAACCUGCAGGUUUUCUGUCCAAAGCGUUAAUAUUUGGGUUUGAUGUCGUUUUGGUGAUUGUUGCCGUCGCCCAGUAGCUUCAGUGGAGCAACAUUCUUUAAUUUCUCUGAAUGUUUUCAGGUUUUAUUUUGCAACUCUGCUCACUAAUUUCAUGUUUGUUUGGUUGGGGGUUUUUUUAUAUUUGAAAUGAGAAUCGAGAACAAAACCAGAACACUAGACUUCUGAAACUGGCUCAAUGUGUUGACCUUUGACUUUCAAUUGAAAAAUAUAUCAAAUUAUUCAUGUUCACUACUGCAGGCCAAACAUUUCAGAAUUGUAUUUGUGAAAAGAAAAAUUCAAAGAAAUUUCCUUAAAGUUUGAAGGAGUAUGAAUUAUGCACCACCUGCCCCAGGCGUCUUAGUGCCCCUCUCCCAGUUGCCCCAGCUCAACACAAACAGCUCAGGGUUUGACCCCAGGAAUUAAAUCCUGCAUGUCAGGAUCUUCAUGAAAAUAUCCAACGUUUGGAAAAGUUGUCACCCUUCUGACCUCAGAUCUGAGGAGUUUAAUACAAACUGUACUUCUGUCCAGCCGAAUGGCUCAAACACAGACGUGAUUCAUGGUGGAACUAAUAAUACUCUCAGCACUGCACUGAAAUGAUUCUAAUGUAGAAAAGUUUGAAUGUAACUCCAGCAGCCAUUUUGUUUCCCUCGUUUUAAAGUUUGAAGGUUUUUCAUGCUCUAACUACUGAAAUGCUGUUUAAUAAAUGAUUUGUAGUCAAUAGCUCUGGUUCAGUGAUUGAAAGCUGCCUCUGCUCUGCACUGCCUGUUUCAAAUGCUGCACUGCUCCAUGUUCAUUAUAAUGUGUUUCUCUUCCUGUGCAACCAGGAAAGGGAAUCUGUUUCCUGUUUUGUUUACUCUGAGUAACUUUGCUCUGUUUCUCACAUUGUGUCUGAUUUGGUGAAACUUUAGUACUUGAAAGUGUGAGCUGUUUUUUCUCAGGUUGUGUGGAAGUCCAUCAGACGUGUUUUUGUUUGUGCACUAUGCUGUUCACGUGUUUUCCUUCAGACUCGUUUUCUUUCAUUCAUCCUUGGAUUUCUGUUUGGUAUGGAGGUUUUAUUUUUCUCACCAUGUUUUGAUGACUGAAGGUCGUGGACUGCAGUCGUGACACCGAGUUUUAUUUCAGCUGGUCCUCUGACAUUUUACUUGAACUUGUUGAUGUGAUUUUUGUUGGAUUCCCUGACGUUGUCCUCCAUGUUUCCUGUUGGUCUUGCACUGGCUCCGCCCACACGCCUUUUUGGGAGUUUUGGCUUCAACUGCUGGUGUGAUGAGCUGUCUGAAACUGCCUCUAAUAUCAUAUACUGAAUAAAACACUUUAUGAUGCCGCAGUAUGCUAA